GAACGUUUAAUUUGACGAUCUGACCUGAAAGAAAACAUCAGGCCGGGCUGUGGGGAGUAAAACCAAGCAGGGUGAAUUCGAUUCUGUGAUUGCCUCAGACGCUUUCUCAACUCCCAGACGACUCCACUAUUCGGUAAUUAUUUUCUUGUACGUGUACUGCAUCAACUGAACGCCAGACACACAAAACAAAAUCUAGAGCUACGUGCUUUUUGGCAAGAUCGGACACGUCAUUAAUUUUCCAAGAUGGCGGGCAUGGCAGCAAAGAUGAUAUUGGGGAACAAGCUCGACAGCGUUAAAGGUGAACUUGGUAACCUCGGAGGCAAAGAAAUGACGGAGGAGGAAGCAGAACAAGCGCGGCUGAUUGAGGAGGCGCGGAUGGAACAAGAGAAUGAACGCAAACAGAGACAUGAUAAAAUGGAGGCAGAAAGAGAAGUAGAGAGACAAAGAAUACGAGAAAAGUAUGGCUUGAAGAAAAAGACAAUAGAGAAGGAGGAGGUCGUUGAGCCUGACGAUUCUGGGCGUAUCUCAAGGAAGAAGAAGACUCCAGCUGAGAUGCAGGCAGCCAUGGCAGGAGGCGAGGAGGAGGAAGAAGAAGGUAUCAUGGACACUGUUGUGAACUUUUUCACGCCACUCACAGAGAAAAUAGGCAGCUUUUUCGGCAAGUAAGGCACAGGCAGUACUUAGUGAUUAUGUAGCAUAUUGCAUUCACACAACACACCCUGUUUGCUUACUCCGCCAUUUUGUUUUCUGCAUCCCCCCUACCGUUGCAUUUUUGAACCUCUGUCUCUCAAAGUCACUUGUGUGUUGAGUUCCCCUUGCUUUCUACUGCAUGUUGUAAUCAUGGUGGAUUAUUUUGUUGUCCGGCAGUUUUUAUGUUUGAUGGCUGUGCAGAACCUACUUUGUUCACCCAAACACUAUUUUGCUUAAACUGCUGUUUAUUUUCACUUGAGCAUUGAAGUGUGCUUAUUUGGCUGUGAAAUAUUUUUUUGUUUAAACACUUUUUUCUUCUUAAUGUCAUGAGUAAUGCACAUGAUCAGAAUAUUCAAAGAAUUGUUGUUUUACACAAAGAAAAUGGCAUGUUAUUUUUUGUUUAAUUGUUCACCAAGGUUAGAUUACAACUAGAACAUUUUGUUUAUGGAUUCAUUGAUCUUUUAACAAAGUUUCUGACAUUUUUUGUCAACUCCAAUUCCUGCCCAGUUACUGAAAUGACAGCUCCAGUGUUUUGGACCAAAGUUUUAGUAAGUUUGUCACAAAAAUACAAAGUAAAAACAUGGAAAAUGAAUAUUGUGAUUACAACUUUAGUUUUAUCAGUGAUAGGUGUAAAUUCUAUACGGACAGAAUGCCUCGUUUUACAUUUUGAAAACCCAUUACUACUGAGUGUUUUUGUCAGAGGCCCCCACCAUUCCAUACACUUGUAACUCCUGAAUAUUUUUUUCAGGGACCCUCCACCAACCGUGUCCUCCAACACACUCCCCUCACUAACUAUGUUUGAACUUAUAAUGCCUGCAGCCGAUUUCACAAAACGCUACGAUUAAUCCUCACUCGAGUUAGGACGAGUAGACUAAUCCGUCCUAAC